CGAAGAGAAAAUCCAUCCAUCCAUCCAUCCAUCUCCCACCACCACACCUUCGCCCCUCCCGCGGCAACCACCGCUCCUCGCCGCCCUCGGAUGCUCCCGCCGCCGCCUCCGCCGCAAUCCGAGUCAUCGGCGGCGGCCGCGCUCUAGCCGCUCGCUCGCUGUUGGCACGGUCCCGGAGCGGAGCCGGAGCGCAUGGCGGAGGCCCUCCUCCCCCUGCCCCGGCGCCUCGUCGUCACCGCCUCCACGCCCGCGUGCUCCUCUGCCUCCUCCUCCACGUCCCCGUCGCCUCACUGCCUCCUCUCGCGCGCCAACCCGCGCCCGCCGCGCUUGGCCGCCCCCUCGCCCCCGCGCCACCGCCGCCUCAAGGCCCAUGCAGCCGUCUCAGACAAAAGUGAGCAACCAAAAUGGUGGGAGAAGAAUGCUGGUCCAAAUAUGAUUGACAUCCACUCUACACAAGAGUUCUUGGAUGCACUGAGGGAUGCAGGCGACAGGCUUGUAAUUGUGGAGUUUUAUGGAACUUGGUGUGGUUCUUGCAGGGCACUCUUCCCAAGGCUCUGCAGAACAGCUGUGGAGAAUCCUGAUAUCUUGUUCUUAAAAGUAAAUUUUGAUGAAAAUAAACCUAUGUGCAAACGGUUGAAUGUGAAAGUCCUUCCUUACUUCCAUUUUUACCGUGGAGCUGACGGGCAAUUGGAGGCGUUCUCAUGUUCCUUGGCGAAGUUUCAGAAACUGAAGGAUGCAAUUGCUGUUCACAACACUGCUCGCUGUAGCAUCGGUCCACCAGUCGGAGUUGGGGAUGUGCUGGAUAGCCCUGAGGAGAAACCUGCAGAAGCUAGUCCCCGGUAGAUUUGUUCUGUUACAGUGCGUCUCGCUCUCCAUUGCUAUAUCUGCUCAUUUUUUUUACCUCGAUAGAUCUUACUGUAACCAACUCAGGAGAAUAUUCAGUUUUCCUGGAUAGGGGUGGCCAGGCAACGGGCCAGCAUCAGAUGUUGUAAGCAUUACUGUUUAAUUUUUUUGAGAAAGAAAAAUCGUGUAUUAUAGUGUGUCAACUUCUUAUGCUUGUCUAAAAGAACCAUAGAGUUGUACAUCAUUUUAGCGGAAGAAUUCUUCAUUGGGCAAUUAGACCUCAUUCUGGGAU